GAGACCAUGGUCUUCUGUUAUCUCAAUGUCAAUAACUUCUGCUGAACAAACUUUUGAAUCAGCACCUGCUGAGAACAUGUAUCAUCAAAAAGUUGAGAAAUUUCUACACAAUCAUCAGACAGAAUCACUUCAGCACGACCUAUGUCGGCGAAGAGUGAUAUCAGCUUGGAGAAUGGAUUACCUCUCAGCAAUGAUAAUUGCACAAUGGAUGUUGGGAAAAACAGUUAAUCACAGCCAGUGGGAGACCUUAGAAAGAGCCAGCUCAUUCAAUAACCACAGUGGUUCUGGGAGCAGUUCUCACUCUACAGGGUUUCACCAUAGAAUGAAAGAGCCUGUGACGGCCAGUUCAGAAUCAGGUAUAUCUACUGAAAUUGAUCAUAAGGCUAUUAUCAAGGAAAGAGACAGGAAUAGCGUGAAGGCACCUUUGAUGAUUAAGAGUCGGAUCUCAUUUUGUAGUGUGAAAGCAAAUUGUUGCAAUAUCAUAGAGAUAAAUUAAUUAUUUAGUUUCCUAUUUUAAUUCAUAUUUUAGGAAACAUGAUUAGAGUGUGAUUUAAUUAACUUUUAUGAUAAAUACUCCAAUAUCCGAUCCACAUAAUCAGGAGAAUGGAAAUAUGUCAAGGCCAGAUGAAGAGAAUUCUCAUAAGUGGGGUUCUGCAUUGAGGACACCUAGGGAUGGUGCAAGAGAAGUUGAUGAAGAGACUGAUACUUACAGAUGUGUCUUAGGAUGCAUCUUGUCCUAUGAAGAACAACAUGAUGUAACCGUUGGUGAAAGUUUAAUUUGCUAUGGCAAUUCAAAAAACUUCAACUGCUCAACUGAAAUGGAAGAACAUAUAAGAUCAUCUGGUGAAAAUGAUAACCGUGUCCCUUUUUGUUCCAAGAAGGUAAUGAUAAAUCCUAAAAUGUCAGGGGGAAGUGAAAAUAUGUUGUCUAGCAAUGAUGAAUCAGUCAAAAUGGAUCCUAGAAUGACCGAAAAAAGUUAAUGAUUGCUUUCUGUUGUAUGACUCAACUGAGUUGACAAAAACUACAAAAGUUUUUGCCAGGGAUCAUAAUUCCUCUUUUGUUGGAUUUAUACUGAAUGAAGAUAUCAACACAAAUGAGUUAGAUAAUGGCGAGCAGUCUGUUGUAGAAACUGUAUCUUCUCAUCAUGUUAUACACGUCGUAGCAAGAGCUGGGGUUCCUUGGGGUAGACCUAUGAUCCCAUUGAAGUUUGAAGGUGGAUUAGGUUGGAAGGGUUCUGCUGCAACCAGUGCUCUCUAUCCUGCUUCUUUUUCGAAGAGUUUUGAUAAGAAACCAUAUUCUAGCAAUUUCACGGAAUUGACCUCAAUGUCGCUGCUAUAGAAGAUACUUCAGAGAUUGGAUUUCAAAUGGAGCAUGAGCAUAUUCAAGAUUCUUGUUCAGGAGUUGGUUUCAGAAGAGCAGAGAGGCUUGACAUUAUUCUCAAUUGCCUUUGUGAUGAUGUUGAUGAGUCCCCUCAAUCUUCUCUUCCAGCUGAAUUGAGAAAUUUCUAUUUGGCAGAUUUGGACUUAAAUGCUAAUACAUCAGCCAGAGACACAUGCAAUGAUGUUGACUAGCAAGGCCAAGUUGGCCAACCAUUGGAAAACAGAGCAUCAUUUUCUAUGAAUUUCAUAGAACACGAUUUUAAUUUUACUAAAUCCACUUACUUGCCAAAUUUGAGUUCUGUGAAUAUUUUUACUCAUGCUCAUGCCCAUUCACACUUGAUGGCUGCACCAAAUGUCCUAAAACAAAUUGAGGAGACGAAGAGAGUUUCUCCACUGCAACCAAAGUUACCAUACCCCUUACAUAUAUUACCACAUCACAAUUACCUUUCUCAUGCUCCAUUGUACAUUGGCCCUAUGAAGCCCUUUAUGUUCAAUAUGCACUACCCUGGCACCAUACCGUGUGUGAGAGAUCCUCAGUUGCUGAAGCCUGAAACAGUUCUCACCUCUCUUGGGAUCCCACGUCUAGUGGAGGUUGCUCAUGGACAGAACUGUGUUGACGUUACAAGUUCUAGACACAAAAUUGUUGUAGAAAGUGAGGACAGCUCAUCAACAAGCGUAAGCAAGAGGGAUAACGCUGGGGAAUUUACAUUGCCUGCCAAAAAUUCAUAUGAUCAAUCUGACAAUCAAGAAGCGUGGUACGCAAAGCUGAUGAAAAGGAAAGAACCAGAGGGGGAUGGGACUAUUACCAUGUAGGCCAUAGGCAGGUGACUUGAAGCAGUGACUCUAGAUGCUUCCCUAAUCUAACUGGUAGAUCACAUUUAGGAUGUCCCUGCUAGAGUAUACUUAAAGCUUCUACUAUAAUUUACUAAUCAAAUAUGUGCAUUGAUUCAGUCUUCUACUCUCCUUGAGGAGGUGACAUGAACUCUGAAUUUCCCCAAAUGUUUUGUACCAUGGGCUCCAACAAGUAGUCUUUUCUUACUGUUC